AUGGCAUUAAUUACACAAUUCGACGAUUUACCGGAUCUAUUCUUUAUUGAUCUGUUUAAUUAUUUAUCUUCAAUCGAUAUUCUUUGGGCAUUUACCAAUUUAAAUAAUCGUAUUCAAACAAUAAUCAAUGAACGAGGUUUCUUUCGUCACAUCAAUUUAUCAUCAUCACGUCUGUCAAAAUUCGAUACACUUCUUUCUAUACUUCCAUUGAAUCAAAUUGAAACACUCAUCAUUGACAUCGAAGCAUCACCUUUUCAACUUUCUCGCUGGCCUUAUUUGCCUCAUUUGACUACAUUACGAUUAUAUGGUUUGCGUGACUUUAUAGAUGCUACCAAUCUUAUCCUUCGCCACUCAACUUCACUCAUACAUCUCACAUUGGAAACAAGCGAUUUAUUUAUGUCAUUCAAUAAUUAUCCAUGGGCUUACGAUGUUUGGUAUACUUUACCAUGGGCAUUUGAACAAUUCUUCGAGGUGGUUGAACCAAUUCAAUAUAUAACUAAAGUAGAAGUAUUUGCUUUACCUUCAUCGUACUCAUCCAUUAUUAGUUCAUCUCGACUUCGUACACUUAGUAUAUCACAAAAUGACUCAUUACCAUCGAUUAUUUCAAUGCCUCAUGUUGUGCAAUUAGAUCAUAUUAACACAGUUCAUUUAUCAUUUCAUGAUUGGCCAACUGGUUUAAAUCUUCUUGCUCUUCGUCAUGUUACAUUAACAAAUAAUCUCAUUGCAUUGAAAAACUUCUCUUCAUUUCCACCUAAUAUUCGUUCUAUUCAAAUUCUACUUCAUGCUAAUAAGCCAAAUUUCGACUCAAGCAAUUGGUCUAUAUUGCGUUCACUUUCAGCCUUACCGAUGCUCACCUCAUUACAUAUCAUUAUGAAGGACAUGAAUACAGGUCUUGAUGAUAUUAGUUGUCAGAUUAUUGCAGAAACAGUACCAAUAUCUGUUCAUUUCGGUAUUUGUUUUCGAAGAAGUAGUGGAAUGCCGAAACCUGAUUCUAUUGACCAUUGUAUCAAGUUUGAUCCUGCUCUCGUCAAUCUUACUAAUGAUCCUACUGUUCCUAUUAUUGACGAUGAAGAUUAUGACAAUGAUGAAGAGGAUGAAGAUUAUGAAGAUUUGACAUUCUCGGAAUCGAUAUUUGAUAUUUACCGGGCAUCUAUUAAAGAACUACAUACUCGUAUUUUACGCUUAUCAUCUCAUAUGAAACCUCUAAUUGUUGUUGAAGAAGGAGAUCGAGAUGUACAACAUGGUCUUCAAGAAGAGAAAACAAUUGGUAUUGAUCGUGAACCAACAUCAAUUGCUGAUAAAAAUCCAUAUUCAACUAAAAAUGAUAGGGAAACAAUGGAAAUAAGUGAUGCGAGUGAAAGUGAAAAUGAAGGUGAAUCAUCUGAAAUGAAUAAUAUAAAUGACGAUUGA